AUGGACAAGAAGUUAGAUAAGCUGAAGAAGGAGUUGCAGGGCGGGGCGAAAGCCAAGAAGGCAAGGAGCAAGCGUCAGAAGAAAACUUCUUCGACGCCGAGUACGUCGACAGCCACCCCGACGGUUCCCCCUCCCGCACGUGCAGCGAGGGCCAAGUACUCGGCGACGAAGGCCAAGAAACCCAAGGCCAACAAGCCCUCCGGCGGCAACGGAGGCAGGAAGGCGGGCAAGCAGCCCGCGUCGAAGUAA